CACCAAAGAUCGAUCCAAAUCAGGAAGACAUCAUUCACCACCCAAAUCUACGCAACAAGGUGAUUAACCAACAGAGUGAAAAUGAGAGUCAGAGCCCACAACAGAAUGUCUCCCGACACUAUGAUCAAGCCGGUGCUCUCGCUUUGCACGGUGAAAUUUUCCUUCCUGCCGAUUCAUUCAAUGGAUAUAUGCUUCAAAAAGCGGGCCAAUGACGUGGAGCGCUUUAUAGGAAAUUCCGGCCUCAGGCACAAGGUCUUUCUAUCUAACAUGAUUGCUGUCGAAGGAACAUGGGACCAAAUAUUCCAGCUCAUCUGGGACGUCCAUAACCUGAUUGACGGGGAUGGCAUGCCCAGGAUCCAAGCCAGCAUCAGCCUGAAAACUGGGCAGGGCCUUGGACCGAUGCCUAGGUGCGACAUGUCUUGCUGUGAGUCUACGGACGCGAAUCGCGCCCACACCAUUGAUACGGCUGACGAAAUGCGGCCAUUGGGGGCCCCUAUCUACGACUGGUCCUACGCUGGGCCCACGGACGCGAGGCGUUCUCACACCAGCGAUAAGGCCGACGAGACCCAGUCAUUGAGGGAAACCAGCUACGGCUGGUCCCCUCGGUCUCCGGACGCGAAGCGUUCUCACCCCAACGGUAAGGCCGAUGAGAUCCAGUCACUGGGGGAAGCCAGCUACGGCUGGUCCCCUCGGUCUCCGGACGUGGAGCGUUCUCACCCCUGCGAUCAGGCCGACGAGACCCAGUCACUGGGGGAAGCCAGCUGUGGCUGGUCCCGCACUGCGUCUUUGGACACGGAGGGUUCUCACCCCAGCGAUAAGGCCGAUGGGACCCAGUCAUUGGGGGUGUCUAGCUACGACUGGUCCUGGACUGGGUAUAGGGACACAAAGCGUUCUCACUCCAGCGAUAAGGCCGACGAAACCAAGUCACUGGGGGAGACCGAUUACGGCUGGUCCGUCACUGGGUCUUUGGACUCGAAGCGUUCUCACACCAGCAAUAAGGCUGAGGGGAAUCUGGAAUUGGAGCGAUAUCUCGAAUCGGUUAACAGGCUUGUCGCGAGAAGGGCUGAGAACGAGAGUCCUGAUUCUACAUCCUGUCUUUAAUACUUAGCUAUACGGAGUCGGGAAGACGAUUUCGCUAAGUCGUUGGUGAUUGUUUCGCGUGCGCAGCCAUUGCCAUUUUUAGUUUCGGUGAGAGCUUCUACUCGUUGAAGGACACAGAAGCAGGGAGGCGAUGUUAAUGAUUCAUCUUGUCGCUGACAGGAAGGGUAUUGGCGGGUGAGAUCAGGUGGGGAUCGAGUCUGUUGCCGGGGGAAAAUAUCGCAGUGUACGGAGUAGUUUCCUCUUCAUUUAUCAUGCCGUUAGUUGUGGUGGUGUUUUCUUUGUUUCUAUUCUAUUUCGUUUCCUU